AACAUUCAGGCGUCUCCCUGCCCUGUUCACGGCACCGCCCUCUUUCCUCCCCUGCUAUCCUUUUGCUACCUCUUCCUUUAUUCUUCUCCUCGCCGCUCUAGGGUUUCUUCCCUGCUCUUCCUUCCCCUUCGAUCCUCGAAUUCGUUUUUCCUUUUCGAAAUCACCGGAAAAUCUUGUCGUUUCCGCUGUUCUUGGACCCCUAUUUCAUCCUCCAACACCGGAUUUCUUGGUCUCUGGGUUCUGGCGCCGUCGAUGCCGUCCAAUAAAUCGGUUGUCGGGUCGUCGGACCACCAUCGACGGCCACCAUCCAAGGAAGGGGACAACUAUGCGGCGCUGUCGAGCGUUCUCUGGGUUGGGAACAUCCCUGCGGACACCGUCGAUAACGAUGUCAUGACCGUCUUCUUCAAGUUUGGCGCUUUGGACUGCAACACGAUGCACGGGGCCAGGAGCUACUCGUUCGUGUUCUUCCGGAGCAUCGAUGAUGCCAAGGCUGCGAAGGAUGCCCUCCAGGGCUCCCCGCUGCACGGGAGUUCCAUCAAGAUUGAGUUUGCCCGACCGGCAAAAGCAGUUAAGCAUUUAUGGAUUGGAGGAAUCAGUUCAUCUGUCACAAAGGAACAACUUGAGGAUGAAUUUUUGAAGUUUGGGAAGAUUGAAGAGCACAGAUUCUUCAGGGAUCGAAACUCUGCGCUUAUUGACUAUCACAAGACGGAAGAUGCUAUUGCUGCUCACAAAAACAUGAAUGGAAAGCAUUUAGGUGGUGAACCAUUACGUGUUGAUUUUCAGAGAUCCCAACCUCCUAGAAAGGAUUGGCCUGACCAACGAGACUCAAGGAAUGGACAGUUCAGCAGUCGGGGUUUGGGCAUGCAGGAAUGGUUGCUGCCACCUGAUGGAAGAGGUUAUCAUGAUUCUUCCUAUCAUGGGUCUAAGAGGCAUAUGCCACAUGGAGGACGAAGAGAUGGCCACCCAAGCGAUGUUCUUUGGAUUGGAUACCCACCUUCAAUACAGAUUGAUGAGCAGAAGCUUCAUAAUGCCAUGAUUCUGUUUGGUGAGAUUGAGAGGAUCAAGUGCUUUCCAUCCAGGAACUAUUCUUUUGUUGAAUUCAGAAGCAUUGAUGAAGCUAGGCGUGCCAAGGAAGGUUUGCAAGGGCACCUGUUUAAUGAUCCAAGAAUACAGAUACAGUUUGCAAGCACUGAUCUUGCACCUGGUAAGGAUAAUACACCACCAUUUCCAGGGUUUAGAGCACCUAGACCUGAGAUGUUAUUUUCUGAAGGGCCUAUCGGACCUUUGGAAUUGUAUGCUCCUGGUCGUGCUAUAGCCCCAAAUAGUUUUCCUGGGUCGUUGUUUCCAAAUAGGAUGCCUGGACCUGGUAUUUUAAUGAGGCCAUUUGGACCACAAGGAUUUGAUCCUUGUCAUGGGAGUCCGGAGUUCCAUGAUUCUGGUGGCACUACCAUGCGUUCUAAUUGGGGACAGCGAUCUCCAUUGGCACAAGGUAUUCUUCUUUCUCCACCAAGUUUGCGCCCUCCUUUCCAACCCAUGCCAGGUUUAUGGGAUGAAUUUGACAUAAGAGAGGUGAAAAGAUCUAGGAUGGAUGGUUCUUCCACCGAUGGUGCUUUCUUUCAUGUAAGGAGGGUGGAUGGUGAGGGUAUUGGAGACCCCUCUGGGUUUUCUCAACCCGAUAGAGGUGCCUCCAGUCAAAAUUGUGCAAGUCCAGUUGUUCAUGGCUAUGGUGAGCUGCAUCCUUCUCAUCGUAGUGACCAUUGUUGGCGUGGUAUUCUUGCCAAGGGUGGAACUCCUGUUUGUCAUGCUCGGUGCGUGCCUAUAGGAAAGGGUAUUGACUCUCAUUUCCCUGAAGUUGUUAAUUGCUCAGCCAGAACAGGAUUGGAUAUGCUUACAAAGCACUGUGCCGAUGCCACUGGAUUUGACAUUGUCUUCUUCCUACCCAACAGCGAAGAUGACUUUGGUUCUUACACUGAAUUUCUCCAUUACCUGGGCUUAAAAGGUCGUGCUGGGGUUGCAAAGCUUGAUGAUGGGACUACUCUGUUUUUGGUGCCCCCAUCAGAUUUCUUGACCAAGGUAUUGAAUGUUUCUGGUGGUGAGCGUCUGUAUGGUGUUGUUCUGAAAUUGCCACAGCAAUCAACUAAUGCAGCGGUACAACCACCACAACUAGCAAUUCAUCCCCUGUCAUCCCAUUACAUUGAUCGGCAAGAGGCAUCUAAUUCACAGAAGGGUUAUCAGUCUGUCCCACAAAAUGAAGACCAAGCUUUAAAAGUUGAUUACAAUAGGCCAUUAUAUGUGGAGCCAAUGCAUCAUUCAGGUGUUGGAAAAUCACUGUUGAUGCUUGCUGAUGGACCAUGUGCAGCACAAUCAGCUUCCCUGGACGAUGCUGGCAAUUCUGCUGUUGCUUCCCAGGUGGAGGUUUCCUUGACUCCUGAAGUAAUAUCUUCUUUAGCUUCUCUGAUUCCCCGCAACAAUCAGUCAUCGGCUGCUGGGACUGUUCAAAUGCCAUCGGGUUCUACUAGUGGGCCUGUUUCAUCUUCUGCUUCUGUGAUGCAUGACACGUUAAUGCCUUUUGAAGGAUGGAGACAAGACCGAGCAGCAGUUUCUAGUGCUCCCCUAGGGCAAACAAACCAUCUUCCACAGCAUUUAGAUCCACAGUUUAAUCACCAGGCACCGCUCAUGUCUCACUUUCUGACAUAUACUAACAUGCCAAGUGGACCAGAUCAUUCUGUAGAACCUAUUGUUGGUGGUACACAAGUUCUGAACCCUGCUUUAAACAUGCCAGAGUCUCCAUCUAUUCUGACCAGACCAUAUCAUUCAAUACCAUCCCAUGGUGCCCAAUUUCCAGGUUCUUUUGCUUCUCACAGCAACUAUGGCAUAUUACAGACAACAAAUGCUGCUCCUGUAUUCAACCAAGCAGUUCAGCAGCAGCUGAAACCCACUUCCUCAUCUUCUCAUGAUCAAAUUGGAAAUCUACCCCAGCCCCAAAUUGCCAUUCCACCUACUCAAGGGCAUCAGCCACAAACUGUUUUACCUGGUUCAAGUACUUCAGGUAGUGAUGCUGAUAAGAACCAGCGGUACCAGUCAACCCUUGAGUUUGCUGCCAGCUUACUGCUGCAACUUCAACAACAACAAGCUGUACAAGGGACUGGAAAUCAACACUGAGAAAUAUUCUCACUUGGCAGGUAGACAUGGAUGCCAUUUUCAUCGUUUAUUCCUGCUGAUGGGGACAUGGGAGCAGUCUGUGCCAUCAUGGUCCGCUGGUUUGUUGGAACUGGAACUUGGAGUGCGAUCCACCAUGCAGCCCGAGUCGAAGGAGAUAGAUGGAUUAUGAAUAUGUUUUCUUUACUGAAAAAUUGGACUAAUUGAGUAGGGAAAGCUGUAUCAUUCGGAUAAAGGAAACAUAAAUCUUAAGUUAGAUGAACCCAACAAAAAUCUUAGAAUCUGGAUGUUGGUCAUUGCAGUAACCUUUAAAGUGCUUGCCAUUGUUGAUUACAAUUUUUCUUGUUACAUCCUUCAUAUUUUGUUUCAUCUUCUUCUUCUU